CGGGAACCGUCACCAUGUCGUGGAAGCUGACCAAGAAACUCAAAGAUACGCAUCUCGGCCCGCUGAGCGCGUUUUCCCGGUCGCCGUCGACUUCCACCAUCACCGACAAAGAUGAAAAGGGGACCAGCCCCGGCGCCACCACGCCGACCAGCGAGAACGCCAUAGCUGCCUCAGAAGCCCUGUCGCAGGCGCCCGUCGUGAAGAAGCCCGGCAUCCUGGUCGUCACCAUCCACGAGGGUCAGGGCUUCUCCCUCCCCGAACAGCACCGCAGCGCCUUCGCAUCCAGCCACCAGAGCUCUCGCUCGUCGGGCGGCGCCCUGGCAGGCUCUGUGCGCCCAGACUCCCAGCGCGUUGCUGGAUCGUAUACCAACGGAGCGCGGCCGCACUCGUCGGGCGGCGGCUUCGGCUCGCUCCCUACCAACCAUGGCCGCAUCUCGGGCAAGUACAUGCCCUAUGCGCUGAUCGACUUCGACAAGGUGCAGGUGUUUGUCAACUCCGUCGAGGGAAGCCCGGAGAACCCACUGUGGGCAGGUGGAAACACCCAAUACAAAUUUGACGUUUCUAGAGUGACGGAGUUGGUCAUCCACCUGUACAUGCGAAAUCCUGCGGCUCCUCCGGGGUCUGGGCGAAGCCAGGACAUCUUCCUGGGCGUGGCCCGGAUAAAUCCCCGGUUUGAGGAGCGACAGCCUGCGUCGGAUGAUGCAAAGGCCAGCAAGAAGGAUCGCGAAAAGGCAGCCGAUGCCCGUCAAAAGGGAGAGGGCCAUUCCGGCGUCGAGUGGGUUGACGUCCAGUACGGCACGGGCAGGAUCAAGGUUGGUGUUGAGUUUGUGGAGACGCGGGCUGGCAAGCUCAAGAUUGAGGACUUUGAGCUGCUCAAGGUCGUCGGCAAGGGCAGUUUCGGCAAGGUGAUGCAGGUGCGCAAGAAGGACACCAACCGGAUCUACGCGCUCAAGACGAUCCGAAAGGCGCACAUCAUUUCUCGGUCAGAAGUCGCGCACACGCUUGCCGAACGAUCUGUGCUGGCGCAGAUCAACAAUCCCUUUAUCGUCCCGCUCAAGUUCAGCUUCCAGUCGCCCGAGAAGCUGUACUUUGUGCUUGCUUUUGUUAAUGGAGGCGAGCUCUUCCACCACCUGCAGAAAGAACACCGCUUUGACGUUAACAGGUCAAGGUUCUACACGGCCGAGCUUCUCUGUGCCUUGGAGUGCUUGCAUGGUUUUAGUGUCAUCUACCGAGAUCUGAAGCCGGAGAACAUCCUGCUCGACUACCAGGGCCACAUUGCGCUGUGCGACUUUGGCCUGUGCAAGCUGGACAUGAAGGACGAAGACCGGACGAACACGUUCUGCGGCACACCCGAGUACCUCGCCCCCGAGCUUCUGCUUGGCCAGGGGUAUAACAAGACGGUCGACUGGUGGACGCUGGGUGUUUUGCUCUACGAGAUGUUGACGGGCCUCCCUCCUUUCUACGACGAGAACACCAACGAGAUGUACAGGAAGAUUCUGUCAGAGCCGCUGCACUUCUCCGACGUGGUACCUCCUGCUGCCAAGGACCUCUUGACCAAGCUGCUCAACCGGGAUCCGAAGAAGCGACUCGGGGCUAAUGGCUCAGCCGAGAUCAAGGCCCAUCCGUUCUUCCACGACAUUGACUGGCGCAAGCUCCUGCAGCGGAAGUACGAGCCUACCUUUAAGCCCAGCGUGGCGGAUGCCAUGGACACAGCCAACUUCGACCCCGAGUUCACGUCCGAGGCCCCCCAGGAUUCGUAUGUGGAUGGCCCGAUGCUCUCGCAGACGAUGCAGGACCAGUUCCAGGGCUUCAGCUACAACCGCCCGAUUGCAGGCCUCGGAGAUGCCGGCGGAAGCGUUAGAGACCCUUCGUUUGUGGGCAGCCUCCAGGACAACUGA